GCACGCUAACUUCGCGUUUGAAUCUCGAGCGGUACACACGCGUCCUUAGUACGUGUACGCAUUCUAUUUUCAAAUUUGUUUGUUUUUGUGUUUGUAUAAACAACCUGUGUUAUUCAAACAUGUGUGAAAAAAGGAUAAGGAAAAUCAAAAGAGGUUCACAAAUAGCUCGUCUGCGUGAAGCAAGACGCCUACAGAGGCUACAAUGGAUCCCUACACCACCACCAAGUGAAGAGGUUGCACCUCCACCACAGCAGCCGGCCGUAGACAAGGCCGCUCAAAAUAGAGUCAUACUUGAGUUAGCGUGGAAAACAAUUGCACUCAUGCAGAAAAAUAGACUCAUACAACAAAAGAUCAUUGCUCUACAGAGAGAAACUUCUGAAUUCGUCGCUGCUGUCAUGAGCAACCCAGAAAAUAAAAAGCGUUACUUGGAACAUGUACGCCUUUAUACCGCUGGUCUCAUUACCUUAACACCUACAGCGGAAGCUCGAAAUAAGCCCUUAAAAUUAGAACCCAAACACUAAAUUGUUUUUUUUAAAUAAUGGAAUGAAGAUAUGAAGUAAAGAACGAACAUGUAUAAUAUGUUCGGAUUUAGAGUCAGGGUAAUGAAAGAGCUGCGAGUAUAAGUAAUGAUAAUUGUGAUCAGCUUUUGUUAUUUUGUUUAAGUAAUUAUUGAUGAAGGUAAAUAUUGGUUAGUACCUACUUUAUUUUUACCUUCCAGCAAUAAUAUUUAAAUGCAGUGUCUUAAUUAAAAACGUUGUGGCUAAUAUAGGAAACCCUUUUUUGUUGUAAACAUAUUGAGGUUGUUAUAUACGAGGCUGUUGAUGUUUCUAGAGAUAUCUUUAUGUCAUUUAUUUAAUAGGAUUGGAUUUAAUAUAAUUUUAAGAUAAAAAUAUAAACAUUAUAAGAAAUAUUUUGUUAAUAAGCCCGAGUAUGUAGGUAAAAGGAAUUAAAAGAAAAAUAAUUUUAACUCUUUAAUCUAUUCGUCCAAUACCCAUAUGAGUUAAAAUUUAUAGUUAGGAACGAAUUCUUAAUUUAAAAUGAAAAAAAUAUAUAUGUAGAAUCAACUGGAUAAUAAUAAUACGGAAUAUGUGUAAUUUCUUAAGACUCGCUUGAAAAACUUGUACAUUGUGAUUUUUGUCUAUUUAAUCAAAAUUUAGGAAUAUUUAGAAAUAGUUUUAUAAAGCUGAAGAAGCUUAAAAAUACUCCUAGACUGUAAAUGAAGUAAUGAUUAUAAACCAUUACUGUCAGUUUGACCCUAAUACUGGAUUUCAUAAAAAAAAACUUUUAAUUUUAUACCUUUAAAUGUGGUCUGUUUAAAUACUAUUUUGACAUUUUUUUUAUUUAUGUAGAAGGCAUUUAAUAGUUGUUAGUUACCUAAGCUGCACACACAGAUCUACUACUGUGUUCAUUUUACGUACAUAAGGUGUAUGUCUUUUAAAAUAUUCUGUGUUCAUUGUUAUUAUCUGUGCCAGUUUCUAGAAUAGAUAAACGAUUACUAAUUUAUGUUUAUACUCGGUUUUAUAUUUAUUAUCUAUUUCAAUUUGAUUUGUAUAAUGUAAACAGAAAUUUACAGAAGCAAACUUCGUAACGAGAUACACCAUUACAACUUAAAAAAAAAAUCUCUACUAAACUAUAUUCAAGAAAUUAAUACAACAAUACUUUCUGUUACCUUUUGUACCAAUCGAAUUGAAAUACAAACAUGAUGUUUUAUAAGUAGUGUUUACAUUCGAACUUUAACCAGUGAUUAAUCUCGUAAAAUGAUUUGGACGAUGCGGAGUAUGUGUGAUUAUUAAUAUUAUUUAACUGAUUGCUUGGCCGAUGAUUAUCGGAAUGAGGUACAAGUGUAAACACCACCUAAUCAAUGUAAAUAAUAUAGGGGAAUUAUUUCGAAUAUACUAAGAUCGUUAGAAAGUAUUAAUAAUAUUGUUAUUUGAAUUGCACAACACUCCCUAUUUAAUAUUAAGAUAAACUUAAAGUUUUACGCUUAAAUUUGUUUCGGUUUAUUAAUUAAUGUUAAUAAGUUUUCAUUGUUAUUUUGAAAAUAAACUAGUCUGAAUUA